CACCUGAUAGCGGCGCUUCCUCCAAGCACUGUGAAGCGGCAGACCACAUGACACAGCUCUCCGUGGUGUCAGAGUGGAAGCGAAACAGGUGUGAUUUGUUGUAAAUAACUUGUUUGUAUAUACUGUAAAUCAUGACGUCCGUGGGCGGAAACCGGGCCCGGGGCAGCUGGGAACAGACGCAGCAAGGCCAGACGCAGGGCCAGACACAGCACAAGCAAAGACCUCAGGCCACAGCGGAGCAGAUCAGACUUGCGCAGAUGAUUUCAGACCACUAUGAUGCGGACUUUGAGGAGAAGGUCAAACAGCUGAUUGACAUCACGGGCAAGGACCAGGACGAGUCUAUGAUCGCAUUGCAUGACUGCAACGGUGAUGUCAACAGAGCCAUCAAUGUUCUACUGGAAGGCAGCCCAGACACUGACUCGUGGGAGAUGGUGGGGAAGAAGAAAAGCGUGUCAGGCCAGAAGGAAGCCAGCCAGCUUGAGAUCGGAGAGGACGGCAAAGAGAACCGGGAGAAAGUAGAGAAGGAUGCAGCACGUCGGCGAGGGGGAGCUCCUCGCAGGGGCCGCGGUGGUUCCCUCAGAGGGCGAGAGUUUCGAGGUCAAGAGAACGGCUUGGACGUAGGCAAGGCGGCAGUGGUGGGCAGGGGCGCCGAGCGAGGCCGCAGGGCGCGCGGGCGAGGAAGAGGGACGCUCGGAGCAUCGGGGCGGCGAGGAGGGCGCUUCUCUGCGCAGGGCAUGGGAACCUUCAACCCCGCCGACUACGCCGAACCGAGUCAGACAGACGAAAACUAUGGCGGAGGAAGCACCUGGAACAACACGGGUGGCAUGGAGACGGAAGAAGGCGCUCGAUUGGAAUACCCUCCCGGAGAGGGAAUGACUUACCCGGCCAAGUUGGACUCUGUACCCGGUGCUUGGAGGACACCCACUGAAGAAUGGGGUACUGAGGACUGGAAUGAAGAUUUGUCCGAGACCAAGAUAUUCACAGCUUCCAGCGUGGCGACCAUUCCACCACCGCAAGAGAAUGUCACCAUCACCAAAGGACAGAGGAUUGACCUUGCCGUGCUCUUGGGGAAGACUCCCCCGUCCUCCUCGUCUGAAACGGACCCCCAACCCAUGGAGGCCGCCCAGCCGCCCCCCUUGCCCCAGUCGCUGGUUUUCAGCAACUCCAAGCAAGGUCCUCCGAUCUCCCAAACCUCUUCUGGCGCCGCUUACACCCAGCACAGCAUGGUCAGCAUGCUGAACAAGAGUUUUGGGGAGGUGGCGGACCAGAAAGCAGGUACUGGCGGGACCACCGGCUCCCAGUUCCUAGAGCGGUAUAAAACCGCCCAGGCGCUGGCUCAGCUGGCCGCCCAGCACCCCCAGACUGGGGUCCCGAAUGCCAACCCCCCAUCCUGGGACAACAGUGCCAACUCACGGGCACAAUAUGAGAUGAAGACUCAGCCCGAGUCGGCCAUCCACACGCCCUUUGCGAAGCGCCCGCCCUUCCAGGCCACCGCCACCACCACGUCAUCCAUGUUGGAAGUUUUUCUGCCUGGCUCAUCCUCCUCCGCUUCUUCCUUGCCGUCGCAAACGACGUCCUCGCCCCACUCCGUGCCGCCCCCCGCCUCCUCCCUCCCUAAAAUGGCGUCGGUCGCGCCGCUGGCUCAGCAGGUUUCCCCAAGUUCCUCGGACGCGCAGGGCUCGAGCCCUCUCCCACUCCAGCAGCACAAACUCAGGGUGCAGAAGAAGAGGACAUCCAUACCAACAAAGAUUCCGGCAAUGGCGGUGGAAAUGCCCGGCUCGACGGACAUCUCCGGCCUCAACCUUCAGUUCGGCGCGCUGCAGUUCGGCUCGGAGCCGACGCUGCCCGAGUACGAUUCGGUCGCCUCCAACGCGGCGCCCGUCAACCCGAUGCAGAAUAGCCUCUACUCCACCCCAAACAGUGAGUCAACUGCAGCUCUUUCCAACUCCAGCCAGAUGGACAUGUACGAGCAGAGAGCAGCUCAGGCGCGGCGUUACCCUCCCUCCGUCUCCUCCUCCCCGCAGAAGGACAUGCAGCCCAAGAAUGGCUUCAGUUCACUACAAGCGGCACAAUCUGUGGAAGCUUCAGCGGGUUGUGCAGUGGCGCCCAAACCACCGUCGGACGCAAACGCGGCACCGCCGAUGUCGGUCGCCGGCAUGGGCCCCCUGACGGACGGCGGCUCAGGUCCCGCCACCCUGCUGACGACAUCCAACCAGGCGCCGCUCGGUGCCCUGGGUCAAGUCGAAGAGCUGCCGCCGAGCAGCGUCCCGCCUCCUCAGCACAACAGUGCGCUGUCAUCGCAACAGAACAGCCUUGCGCCAUCUUCAGGUCGAACGGCCAACUCGAGCUUACUGCACCCCAACGUAGAUGGCGACUCCAGUCUCCACUCCGCCUCCUCCUUCCCUUCUGUCUCAUCCGUGUCGUCGUCCGUUCUCACCUCCGCCUCGGUGGCCGCGGCGCAGGUCUCACUGGGAGGCCCGGUCUCAGCUCAGUCUGGCCUCGGCCCUGUCAGCAAUAUGCCCAUGGGCAUCAAUGUGGCGUCCAUGGGUAUGGUCUCAUCUCCUGCCACCAUUUCCAUAUCGGCGGCGUCGGCUCCUCCCUCCUCAGUGACUUCUUUGUCGUCGCGCAGCUCUGCAGCACCCUCAGGGAAAGCCCCUCCAAAUUUGCCCCCCGGAGUGCCCCCGCUGCUGCCCAAUCCAUACAUCAUGGCGCCGGGACUGCUGCAUCCCUACGCAACUCAGGUGUACGGCUACGACGACCUGCAGAUGCUGCAGACGAGAAUACCACUGGAUUAUUACAGCAUUCCCUUUGCGACCCAAACAACAGCACUGACUGGUCGAGAGCCGAGCUUGACAAAUAACCCGUAUUCUGGCGACUUAUCCAAGUUCGGUCGAGGUGACGCGUCCUCGCCGGCUCCCGCCACCACGCUGGCACAGAAUCAGCAGCAGAACCAGAACCAGACGCAUCACUCGACCCAGCAACCAUUCCUCAACCCGGCGCUACCACCCGGCUACAGCUACACAAGCCUGCCCUACUACACCGGCAUGCCGGGCCUGCCCAACACCUUCCAGUACGGCCCCGCUGUCUUCCCGGUGGCUCCUACCUCGUCAAAGCAGCACGGAGUGAAUGUCGGCGCGUCGGCCACACCCUUCCAACAGGCCAGCGGCUAUGGUUCCCAUGGAUACACCACUGGCUAUGAGGAUGUGGGCCAGGCUUCAGGGAGUGGGGAUUUCUGUAAGGGUGGCUACGGCAAUGCCGUGGCCGCCGCCGCUGCAGCUGCUGCCGCUGCUGCUGCCGCCGCUGCUGCCGCUCAAAACAAACCGGCCAACUCUGUCAGCGGGCCAGGAGUCGGAGUGUCUGUGACCUCGAGCAACACCGGGGUACCUGAUAUUUCGGGUUCAGUUUACACAAAGACGCAGUCAUUUGAGAAGCAGGGUUUCCACGCCGCCACUCCCACGGCGUCUUUCAGCCUCCCGUCCGCACUGGGCAGCGGCGGACCAAUCAAUGCCCCGGCCGCAGCAGGCUACGCCCCGGCCCCCUUCAUGCACAUCCUGGCGCCGCACCAGCAGCCCCACUCGCAGAUCCUCCACCAUCAUCUGCAGCAGGACGCACAGAGCGGCAGUGGCCAGCGCAAUCAGACCGCAUCCAUCCAACAGAAGUCUCAGAUCAAUAAGUCGGCAUACAACAGCUACAACUGGGGCGCCAACUAGCAUCUAACACCUGAAAACCAACUUCAUUGAAGGUUUCCUCCUGCUGAGUCCCCCCCCCACCCCCCCACCUCAUCUUCCUUCUUCUCAUCCUUCGCCUCUUUCUCCUUCCCUUUGGGGAUGUGCCGGGAUGGAACUGGGAAGGGUACAAAUAGUUUGAUGACUCACUUUUCGAGCGUUUGGGGAAAUUGUAUUGUGUUCAGCACCGACCCCUUUUACCUAAGUAUCAGAAUUAUUUCCUAAAAAGAAUGUGUUCCCCUUAUGGGUAUUUUAUGUUAUUGUUGUGCUCGCUAUUCCCCCCCCCCAACUUUUUUUUCUUACUAAUUGGGAGGAAUGAAGUAAUGUGGGAUGGUGGCGAUGGAUGGGGCUGGAGGUGCUUAUCAGACGCCUCCUCUGCUCAAACUAUUCAUUUACUUGAUUGCUGUUUUGGGUUCUCAACUAUUUUAUGUCCUUUUUAAGUUGGAAGAAACAAUUCUCUGGAUUUGGUAGAGUUGUGAAGUUUAUUUUUUACUAAAUAUAGAUAUAUUAUAUAUAUAAAUAUAUGUGAGCUGGCUUGGAGUGAGGAUGUUUGUCAUGUGACUGUGUGCAUGUUUGUACACAAGACUGGUGGGGGUUGUUUACUGUGCUUUGUUUUUUGCCUAGCACAGACUUUUCAUAGUGUAUAAAACAUGUACAGUAACUGUUACCAUAUAAAUAUGUUGUCACAAGUUAUUGAGUGAUCCUUCCCAAGGCCAAUCUGCACCCCGAUCUGCCUUCCAAUAACAGUCUUUUCGGUUUGGGAGACCUCUCCAUGCGCCACCACCCUUCCUGCACAUUUUCAAGGAAACCUUAGAGCAUCCAAUACUGAUGGACAGAAUUGUACUUAUGUUUGUUUUUUGUCAGUGAUUUUUUUUCUUUUCUUUUUGUACUGUGCAUUUUAAAAGAAAACAUGUAAAUGGCAAAACGUCUUGUACAUAUAAACGAAAAAGUACUGUAGUGCCUGUUUGUUCGCUUUACUUCUCCAGUUCCUUGCAGAUCUUAUUAGAGCUUUUUGUUCCUUUUUUUAUUUUGUAAAAAAAAUGUACAAAUAUUAAUAAACAAAGACAAAGACAUUUU